CCGUGAUUGGAAGCUCCCUUGCCGUCGUUUGGAAGCUCCCUUGCCGUCGUUUGGAAGCUCGUUGGCCGUCUCCUCUGUUCGAGCUCUCUCUCUCUGUGUCGCCGUUGUGUUUCUGCCACUGCCCUUCCUCCUCGCAGCCGUACCCAGACCCAAGUUCCAACCUUAGGCUGCUGCACUUCUGUGACUUCAUCUUCUCCCCUUUUCCUUUGCCAACUUCGCUGCUCCGUUCAACUCCUGCACCGUCGCCGUGCUGCAUUGCUACUCCGCGUCUCUGCUCUUCUCUUCGCCGGCAUCUCUCACCUCUCCGGCCAUUUCUCCCCUAUCCCUGUUCACAUGGUUACACCAUUGAACCUUUGAACCAGUCACUUGACCAGUUCACUGACCGAUUUGGUUCUUGCAACCUUGGGCAGAACCAUAUUGAUAUGCUGUGUGUGUAAAUUGCUAGGCAACAAAGUAGCAAUGACUUCUUGUUACUUCAGCCCUCUGCAUACUACUUGUCAUCUCACUUCUACAGGCUUAUCUACAAAGUUCAAGAUUCCGAAGCUUCACAUGCAGAAAAAGAGGUGUCAAGUCUCUUCAAGAUCUUUGAAAGUGACUGCAUUUUAUGGCUUGAGGACCCCUCCUUAUGAACAUGAUGCACUAGAGCCGUAUAUGAGUAAGAUGACAAUUGACAUGCAUUGGGGAGAACAUCAUCAUAAUUUUAUAGAAGGUUUGAACAAACAGCUGGAGAAGGAUGAUAUACUAUACGGGUACACCUUGGAUGAACUAGUCAAAGUGACGUACAACAAUGGCAAUCCCUUACCUGAAUUCAACAAUGCUGCUGAGGUUUGGAAUCAUAACUUCUUCUGGGAGUGUAUGCGACCAGAUGGGGGUGAUAUGCCUGAGCUAGGUCUUCUUCAACAGAUUGAAAAAGAUUUCGGAUCAUUUACAAACUUUAGAGACAAGUUUGUAGAAGCUUCCCUCACACUAUUCGGUUCUGGCUGGGUUUGGCUAGUUUUGAAGCGAGAAGAAAGGCGACUAGCCAUAGUGAAAACUGCAAAUGCCAUUUGUCCAAUUGUGUGGGAUCACAUACCAAUUAUCAACUUGGAUUUGUGGGAGCAUGCUUAUUAUCUGGAUUAUAAGAAUGACAGGGCAAGGUAUGUGAAUGUAUUUCUUGACCACCUUGUAUCUUGGGAUGCUGCAUCAAUGCACUUGACACGGGCAGAGGCUUUUGUGAAUUUAGGGGAGCCUAAAAUCCCUGUUGCAUGAACUGCUGAAAUGGUAUAUGUGAUCCUCACUGCAAGGGAUUCACCGUGUUGAUGAUCGCCCCGUGUGUUUUUUCCCAGUUGUCGAUUUUUGCAAUUUUAAGUCUACGAUUAAUGACAACUUGACAUAUCGGGGUAUAUGUGACUUAGAACAGUAUAAAAGGGUUUAGGCUACCAUUCUAUUUGUAUGCAUGUAAUAUCUUCUACAUAUAUAUAUAAAAGAGUAAAUACUUAACCUAGUCGCUGGCCAUCUUUUUUCUUAAA